GCGCUCCCUGCGUACGCACACGCGUGUGAACAGGCCCGCGCACGCUCCCGUCUCGCUGCCGCACAAGGGCACACGCGUGUGCGAGGCAGCGGUGCUGGCAGGCUCCCUGCCACGCCGGUAUGGGGACGGGGUGUCUGUUGUCCCCAAGUGUCCCCCACUGUCCCCCAGAUGCCAUCCCACUACCCACGAGUGGGGACCACCAGGACAAGCCCACCCAGGGGACACCCCCCCCCCCCCCCCCCAACAAGGGGACGCGGGAGCCCCUCGGCAGCCCCACUCCUCUCCACGUUCUGGAGGGGCUCGGGUACCGCGGCACCUUGGUGGCAGGACGUGGCCGUGGUGGGGGUCCCCCCUCUGUGUCCCUAGUGGGACCCCCCCCAGGAGGGCCCCCCCCCCCCGGCCAGGCCAGCCCCGCUGCCUCCGUCAAUCAGCCCUGGCCCCGUUCCCGGGUGCUGGUGAAGAUGGAGGCCCCCGAGCUGCUCCGGGUCUGGGUGCUGGCAGUGGCCCUGGGGGGGUCCCGGGCCACCCUCCCCGACCACCAUGUCCUCCCUGACCACCGUGUCUCCUCCGAGACCGGAGCCGUCUUCGUCCACGAGCUGGAGCGGGACCUGUUCCAGGAAGCCUUCCUUGUCGGGCACGAGGAUGAUGACGCAGCCGCCCCCAUCACCUUCCAAGCCCACCUCCGGGACCACCCCGACCUGCCGCGGUGGCUGCGGUACAUCCAACGUGACCCCCACCAGCCAGCCUACCUCUACGGUUGCCCCACGGCCACCGAGGUGGGCACACACACCAUCGAGGUGCUGGCGUACAACCGGCACACCUACGAGACGGCGGCGCAGCGCCUCGUCAUCACCGUCGUCCCCGCUCCAGGUGGGGACCCGCCGUACCAGGGCGAGUUCCUGGUGGGGAACAGGAACGUGGAGGAGCUGCUGCCGGCGGCCGCGCAGGAGAUCUUCCUCCAGGCCACGGCCGGCGUCUGGGAUCAGGACGACCUCCAUGUCAUCAACAUCACCUCUGCUCUGGACCGGGGCGGCCGCGUCCCGCUGCCCAUCGAGGGGCGCAAGGAGGGAGUGUACGUGAAGGUGGGCUCCCACGGCACCUUCUCGCCGUGCCUGGCGUCGGCCGCCUCGCCGCAGAGCCGAUUCCGCUGCAGCCUGGGCCAGCAGCCCCUCGCCUCCUGCUACGACACCUUCGCCCCCCAUUUCACCAUCCGCUGGUGCAACCUCACCCUGCUGCAGGUUUGGCCCAGCCCCACGGCUUCGGGGCCGGUGUGGGGGUCCGGGGUGCUGGAGGAAGAUGGGGAUUUCCAGCCCCCUACCGAUGCCCCCCCCCAGGACCUGCUGCCCGGGUUCCUGGUGACGCUGCUGGUGCCACUGGCGGUGGCCGUGCUGCUCUGCCUGCUCCUGGGCCACCUCAUGUGCUGCCGCAGGGAGGGAGUGAAAAAACGGGACUCGGAGACAUCUGACAUCCAGCUGGUCCACCACACCACCAUCCACGGUGACACGGAGGAGCUGAGGCACAUGGCCAGCAGCCGGGAUGUCCCACGGCCCCUUUCCACCCUUCCCAUGUUCAACGUCCGCACGGGUCAACGCAUCAACCCCAUGCCCAGUCCUCCGGAUGGUGCCCGCGUCCCCCUCCUCCCGCAGUGAGCCGGGGCGGUGGGUACCCGGGUGACACCAGGAUGAUGCCGGAGGGGGGACAAUCCCAGGGAUGGGGAUGGAUGAAGGGGCAUCAUGAUGCUUUUAGGGGGGGACUUUGCAGGGGAUGAAAGCCCGGCAGCAGGCAGAGCCCAGCCGGACCGGCAGUUGCCCCUCCGGCUGGGUUCUGCCCGCUGCCGGGCUAUUGCCUGGAGCAUUUUUGGGGGGGCUACCAAUACUUGGAGGGGGGGUCAUCGGCAUCCGUAUGUAUCAGUGGGACAAUACAGGACACCUGCAUCCUAUUCCCUUCCCCUCCAGCCUCAUCUGUCCCACCUGGCCUGAUGAAACCCUUAAAUAAGAGGUGUGGGAGCAUUGUAGCUCUUUUUUUAUUUGGGUGGGGGGGCAGAAGGGAAUAGAAGGGGGAAGGAAGGAAAGAAAGAAAGAAAGGUGUUUUCU